AUGGACAUUUCACCACCACGUUCGCUUGCACCACGGCCGGAGGAAGAUGAUAGCGAUGGCCGCAAGAGUCGUGAUCCGGCAGCAACUGCAUCCGCACGGGAGAUAUCGGCUGUUGGAGCGAGCGAUAAGGAUAGCGGUGACGACAGCAGCAGCCCCACGAAGCGGGGAGAUAUGUCGGCUGCGGGAACCAGCGAUAUGGAUAGCGGUGACGACAGCAGCAGCCCCACGAAGCGGGAAGAGAUGCCGGCUGCGGGAACCAGCGACAAGGAUAAUGGUGACGACAACAGCGGCCCCACGAAGCAGGAGGAGGUUUCGGCUGUUGGAGCCAGCGAUAAGGAUAGCUGUGACGACAGCAGCAGCCCCACGAAGCGGGAAGAGAUGUCGGCUGUUGGAACCAGCGAUAAGGAUAGUGGUGACGACAACAGCGGCCCGACGAAGCCGGAGGAGGUUUCGGCUGUUGGAGACAGCGGUAAGGAUAGUAGUGACGACAACGGCGGCCCCACGAAGCCGGAGGAGGUUUCGGCUGUUGGAGACAGCGAUAAGGAUAGCGGUGACGGCAGCAGCAGCUCCACGAAGCGGGAAGAUAUGUUGGAUGUGGGAGCCAGCGGUAAGGAUAGUGGUGAUGACAACAGCGGGCCCACGAAGCGGGAAGAUAUGUCGGAUGUGGGAGACAGCGACAAGGAUAGCGGUGGCGACAGCGAAAGCCCCAUCAAGCCUCCUGCGGAAGUUCGAGUCGAAGCGGCGGACGUGCUGGAUCUUCGUGUCUUCUGUGGCACCUGGAAUGUCGCAGGGCGGAAGCUUGACAGCGCGGAAGACAUGGGGUUGUGGCUAGACGUCGACAAGCUGGAUGAGGAGGGAGACACCAGCGUCCCACCGGACGUUUUUGUCAUUGGGUUUCAAGAGGUGGUGGAGCUGAGCGCCCAGAACGUGGUGAUGGACAGCUUUCUCGACACGCAGAGUAGAACCAACUCGUUGCAGUGGUUCACGCACGUGUACGCCUACCUCGCGCAGUAUGGCGAACGGUACGGAGUGAGGUACGCCAUGGUAACGGAGCAGCGGUUACUGGGGACAUAUAUGCUGAUAAUGGCCAAGGAGGAUCUUUGCCCAAAGAUCGCGCAUGUUCAGACCGCAGUUGUGCCGACAGGACUCGGGGGCUACCUCGGGAACAAAGGUGCCGUGGCCGUGCGACUGGAGGUUGGGGGGCGCUCUUCCCUCUGCUUCGUGUGCGUGCACAUGGCGGCGCAUCGUGAACACGUGCUGGCGAGGAACGCCGAGUAUAAGCUUAUCUCGUCGAAACCCGUCUUCGCCGAUACCGACGGCAGGCUGCCCGUGGACGAGGCUGAGGACCCCGCAGGAAAGGAUCAAGAAAAGGACAAGGCCCAAGACAGAUGGCAGGGUAGCACAUGGGGCAGCUUGUUCGGGGCUGCCGGUCAGGGUGGGCGAUCAGGCGGUAUGUCACCAACGCGCAACUCGGAGGUGAAGAAAGCCAUCAGAGCCGCCAUGGCCUUCGGUUUGCCAAAGCGGGGAGGAGGCGGGGAAGGAAGGGCGUCUUCUGGAAAGGGCGAUAUCGACGGCAGCGGAAGUGAGGCUGAAAAAGGUGCGAGGCCCGCUGAGGAUGUUGAGGUCGAUGACUUCGCUUGGAUGCCGAGCGAUGAAGGGAUGAGCGCUGGUCUACCGAAGACCAAAACGGUGCUGCAGGCGGACGUCGUGUUCUGGAUUGGCGACCUCAACUACCGCAUCACAGAGGAGACCCCGGACCAGGAAGUGUUCGAGAUGCUUCAGAACGACGAUCUCGAGACUCUGAGUGGUUUGGAUCAGCUGACCAUCGCGCGUGCAUCGGGGACGGCGUUCCAAGAGUUCCAGGAGGGCCCUCUCUGCUUCCCGCCAUCUUACAAGUACAUCCCCGGCACCAAGGAAUACGAUCAAAGGCCGGAGAAAAAGGUCCGAUGCCCAUCGUGGUGCGACCGUGUUCUCUACGCGAUGGGGAUGCAGGGCGGCGACUCUGUUCGACGACUCGGCCUCGAGAGGUACUGGAGCUCCGGCCCGCUCGUGUCCGACCACAUGCCUGGUGAGGAAGUAGCGCAGUCGUCUUUUCACGGCGUGCCCGGCCGUGCGGAAGUAGCUACGAAGGGACACCUAUCUCGAUGUACGUGUCAGGCGGGGCUACUGUCGGGCACUCACGUAGGUUUGGCGUAGAGGAACGCAAGGCGUCAUUUUCGUCGCUACGAUGCGAAACUCGAAUUCGGAGGCGGAAGCCGUCUUUGCCACCUGUACCUAGGCCAUACGCGUGCCUGCUGAGGGUGCGACGUGUACAUAUAUAUUUUGCAGCCUUCUGGUUGAACUUCUGGUGACCGCGAUCCGCUGAAAGGGUUUGGUGAACAAGUCUACAUAGUCUAUAUUCAUGUUGUUUUUCGUUCAAUCGCGGAGAGGAAGCGUUCCGAUUGCCCUCUUGUGUAGCCGAACUGGGCCUGGCCAGCACGUUUCCCUCCCUCCACCCCCAACCUCAACGAAGAGGUUCCUGGCAUGUACACUAGCAUGGUUCUCGAGUUGUUCUCUUGUGGGUGGUCUUAUCGCUCGAUGGUCCACGAACAGGUGCCAGUCGUUGCCGGCCGUGAAGCCCCCCGAAAUGCCGCAUGCAUUGAUGGCCGGCCGAACGCGGUCAACCGUUCCCCGUUCGACCCUUGUCGUCCGUUCUGCACCACCUGUCAUGUCCGUCGUUCGGGAUGCACCAGUAGCACGUUUGACUCACUUCGCCACCUACGCCGCUUGUUCUGUUGCCGCUGAUAUGCAUGGCUGCCGUGGUUGAUGUGCGACACAUGCACGGACAGUGAGCGCGCUCUUCCGCACAUCGCUGGCAUGCGCCCCCCAGAAGACCGUGGCCGAGCCGGACGUGGACGUGGAGCCCCUUAGUCCGCGCAGAUCAGCUGCUAAGGCUGCGUCUGAGCUGUCUCCCUUUGCCCGCGUCGUGCUGGAGCCUCCGACCCUCGUCUUGGUUCUUGACCAGACGCCGUCCUUGUCGGCCGUGACGGAGAUAAGCAACACCGGUGGCAUCAAGGGGACAUUCCACGUUUGUAAGGAUAGUCUCCCGGGCUGGAUAAGCCUCGAUGGAAGUGAGCGCGGAGAACUUGAACCGGGAGAGAAGGUGGAGAUCGCCAUUGUUAUCGAUGCGGCUGGAGCGGAGGCCGCUGCUAGAAAGGAGUCGAACAACGAUAGCGAAAGUGACACGCAUCGACCGGCUGCUUGCGCGGUGUUGCGUGUCGAGGUAGAUGGGGGCGGUUCUGGGACUAUGCUCCCGGUAGUUUGCAACCUUGGCGACAGAUGAGUCUGGGUGGGUUGCGGUUGUGGUUGGUUUUCCUGUUGCACGUUUUAUACAUAUCAUGAGGCCCUACAUAUUUGGAGUUGCUUGCGUGCAAAACACUUGAGACCAGGCUGUCCUGGGCCCCUAGGGGUGUGGGUUCACAGCCCCCCACGUUUCCGAACCAUGCACAUCCGAAUUUUGAAACGAGCGUUGAUUCCGAAAAAGUCAAGCGUGAACCAGCGUGUAGCUUCAAUUGCGGUUGGCGAGGACGCAGGUCAGCUACAGCUACAUGCGAUGUGUAUGUGUGCGUAUGACAUAAAUUUUGGUAUCCUGUGGCUGGGCUACAGAACUGAGCGA